AUGACAAGCUCCAAGCUUCAGUUCAAGAUUGGGAAAAUGAAGUCAAUUAACAAAGCCAUUCUUUUUCAACUAUCCAAGGAUUUAAGAGCACUUAGCAAAACUGGUGGAGCUCAAUUUGAUCGAGAAUUGAUGCUAACGAAGGUGAAGAUUGCCAAAGUUGUAAAUGAUGACAAAAUGAUUGACUUGUUGGAAAUAUUGGUAGUUGAUUGUGAAGUACUUCAUUCGAAACUACGUCAACUUCUCUGCAAGUCCGAUGAUGAAAGUAUUGUUAAACUUGUGCGCGAGCUGAUAUAUGUGAGCUCAUACGUCAAUAUAAAGGAAUACAAGAAACUUGUGUCUUUGUUGGCUCACAAGUAUGGAAAGGAAUUCUACGAAUAUGCGCUAAAUCAUCCCGAUAACCCAGACAUAAUCCAUAAAUGCAACGACACCAACGUGGAUUCCCUAGUGGAAAAGUACCUGCAAGAAAUAUGUGAUUGCUAUCAGAUAGACUUGAGGAACGAAAAGCAGGGUUCCAGCACGUCGGAUGACAAAAAAGCUGACUCAACAACCGAAAAUCAAGAUGAUUUGGAUGAUCUGAGAAGACGAUUUAACUCGCUGAGAAAGUAG